CUCUAAAACCGAAAUCUGCCGGAUUUUAAUGCAGAUAUCCAGUUCCCAUACAGCCUCCGAAGAUGCGAGUCACGUGGCCCAGAUUGAUUCGCUUUGUCGCCACAGAUGGUCGUCUUCUUCGCGGAGGGCCAAUUCUCCCGGAUCCAGACUUCGACUUGAGCAGGACUACUGAAGACGCCAAGCUACAGGCAAAAGUCAUCAUCGGAGAAGACCCAUACGACAUCUCAGGAGUGACCAGAGUUUCUAAUGAGAUUGUCACCGUCAAGAAGCUAUUGGGACCACUCGCACCAAAUAACCUAGACAUUCUGCGCUGCGUAGGGCUCAAUUAUGCCAAACAUAAGAAGCCGGUCGAACUCCACCGCCUUUUCCAUUCAUUUUCUACCUGCGUCCACGAUCAUGAUGAAGAUGUUAUCAUUCCUCAGAUUGCUCAAAAUGACCAAGCAGACUAUGAGGGCGAGUUGGUCUUGGCGAUUGGAAAAGAUGCGAAGGACGUUCCACUCGAAAGUGCAAUGGACUAUAUUGCUGCGUACACGGCCAGCAACGACGUAUCAUCGCGCAAAAUGCAGCGCGACCCGAAUCUGGCAGGCCGAGUUCCGCAAUGGGGUUUCUCCAAAGGCUUCAACACGUUUGCUCCGCUCGGUCCUGCGCUCAUUGCUUCUGAGUUGAUUGGAGAUCCUAAAGAACUGUUGUUGCAGACGAUUGUGGAUGGGGAAGUGAGGCAGAAAGAGUACAUCAGCGAUUUGCUCUUUGAUUGUGCAUAUCUUGUGUAUUAUCUAUCUCAGGGUACAACGUUGCGCAAGGGAUCAGUGGUCAUGACGGGAACUCCGGGCGGCGUUGGAGCUGGGCUGCAGCCACCGAAAUAUCUUGUGCCGGGAACGGUCAUGGAAAUUUCAAUAAGCAAGAUUGGCACUCUUAGGAACGGGGUCAAAUUCGCAUAG